AUGGUGCAAACCUGGCUAAAUCACAGCUCAGAGGACUCAAGCAGCUUCCCCAGCCAGGCCCAGCCAGGCCGUGUGUGUGAGCCGAGACACAGGCUCAGGCCCAGCAGGCAGGAGGGUGCCCUGGCAGCAGUGGCACAGUGCACGUGGGGUGUGCUGCGCCCACGGCUCAGCGCCACCAGCAGAACUUCACUGCUUUGUGCAGCAGCACAACAGGAAAAUACUGGCCAGAAUUUGGAGGAGGACCAGAGUCAGAGCCUAAAUGAGCAGAAGGCUGAAACCAGCUCUGCUGAAAAACUGUUAGCUGAAGAAAAGACUAAACUGGAAGAACAACUAAAGGAAGUCACUGACAAGUACAAGCGUGCCUUGGCAGAUGUGGAAAACGUGAGGCAAAGAAGCCAGAAACUGGUAGAAGAGGCAAAGUUAUACAGGAUCCAGAGCCUCUGUAAGGACUUAUUAGAAGUUGCAGACAUACUGGAGAAAGCAACAGGAAGUGUUCCAAAGGAAGAAAUUAAGGAUGAUAAUCCUCAUUUGAAGAGCUUGUGUGAAGGUCUUGUUAUGACAGAAGUACAGAUUCAGAAAGUGUUUAAAAAACAUGGCCUGCUCAGAUUGGUUCCUGUCAGAGCCAAGUUCAAUCCCUUUGAACACAAAGCAUUGUUCCAACUGCUGGAAGGGAAGGAGCCUGGCACUACUGCAUUAGUAUCCAAGAUUGGCUAUAAGCUGCACGGGUGUACUCUGCAGCCUGCCUUGGUGGGUGCUGGGAAAGACCCCUGA